AUGUUCCCCAAGAUCGCCAGCCUCCUCACCUCGGCCCUUGCGGUCUCCGCGGCCGUCCUGCCCCGUGCAGAGCUGCCCACCAUCGUCUUCACCCCGGGUGCCUGGCACGGUCCGCAGUCCUUCGACCUCGUCCGCGCCGGCCUGACCCUCAAGGGCUACGAGUCUGAGGCCAUCACCCUCCCCUCCGUCGGCGCCGAGCCCGCCACCGUCAGCCUCGACGAGGAUGCCGCCGUCCUCCGCAGCACCCUCACCACCCUCGCCGACGCCGGCAAGCAGAUCGUCCUCGUCGUCCACUCCUACGGCGGCAUGGUCGGCGCCAACGCCGUCUCCGGCCUCGGCUACCAGCAGCGCGCCAACAACAGCGAGACGGGCGGUGUCAUCAUGAUGGUCUACCUCGCCGCCUUCGCUGCCCCUACCUCCACCAGCCUGGUUGACAUGCUCAGCGGCGAGUUCCUCCCCUGGAUGAGAGCCGAUGGUGACAAGGUCUACGCCGACACGCCCGAGACCAUCUUCUACGCCGACGUCGACCCCGUCCUCAAGGCCAAGGCCAUUGCUGAGCUCAGCUGGGAGUCCAAGCGUGUCUUCUCCGAUGACGCCACCUACGAGCCCUGGAACGAGGGCAUCGAGGUCAUGUACUUCCACACCCAGCAGGACCAGGCCAUCCCCCUCGCCACCCAGGAGGCCAUGGCCGCCCAGUUCCCUGCCGGCUACACCACCUUCUACGCCAACACUUCCCACUCGCCCUUCCUGUCCCGCCCGGACCUCGUCAUCGAGGGCGUCGAGCUGGCUGUCACCAACGGCCAGGCUAAGCUUGCCUAA